AUGGCGCACGUCUGCCCGCCGCGAGCCGUGGAGACUGGCGUGGGGGGAUGGCCGGCACGGGUCGGGCACCCUCAACAGCCCGGCGGUGCCGCCCGGCCAUGCGAACUCUGCCGUUCGGCGGACGCCAGCGUCUUCCAAAGGGCAAGCGGCGCGCACCUGUGCGCGAUGUGCGAGUACAGCGCGGGGAUGAUGGCCCCGGCGGGGGGCCGGCACACAGCGGUGGCCGUGGCGGACGGGCGGCUUGCGGGGCGGAAGGGUCCAGAGGGGGGCGGGGAGCUGGUGAAGGUGGAGGUAUUGUCGGAGGCCUGCGGCGAGGGGACCGCCUGCGGCUGCGGCGGCGCCAGCGGGAGCUCGUCCGCGUCCGAGGGCACGAUGCUCAAGUGCACGGCCGACGACGCGCUGCUGGACGCGCUCAACGACCCCGCGGUGCUGGAGCUGUUCCCGGCGUCGCUGGAGGGCGGCAUGGACGGAUUCCAGGACGUUGACCUGGACUCCGAUUGGAUCGAGACCCUGGAGCUCGAAGGCACGCGGUGCGGAGGGGUGCCGGCCACGGGCGCUCACAAGGAACCUGAUCAGGAGGGACAAGUGCGGCCAGGCCAGCAGUCGACGCCGGGCAUAUCAGUGCAGAAUGUGGUGCAGAUGCAGCAGCAGCAACAGCAGCAGGCGCUUGCGUGCCAAUAUGGCGCCUUCCCAGGGGGACCCAUACCCAAUGCACCACAUUGCCCAAUGCCCAUGGUUCUCUUUCUGCCCAUGGGACCCUGGGACAACAUGGCUGCAGCGGGGUUCAACCCCUUCAUGCCGCCCUCCUCGAUGGCACCCCUCCACCCCUCGCAGAACCUUUUGGACCGGAAGGCAAGAGUCGCAAGGUACAGGGAGAAACGCAAGCACCGAAGCUUCGAGAACAAGAUCAGGUACACGUCAAGAAAGCUGUAUGCGGAAAACAGGCCACGGAUCAAGGGGCGUUUUGCUCGUCCUGACGAGCUGGAAGCGUACCUGAAGGAGAAAAGAGAAUCAGGGGCCAAGUGUGAAGAGGACGAGGGGGAGGAAGAGCAGCAGCUUCUGACCGAUUGCUGA